AUGUGUGGAUUUCAACAAGUGGAGGGUCAUUUCUUUCAAAGCAACAUAGAUAAAGGAAGGGCCGCGGAAACGGCCGAAGACCGUCCUGGGACCGACCGGCAGUCAGGCACCCCCGGAUCCCUCACCCGAUAUGAAUACAUCCGAGGGGUCGGAAGACAAUGGCCCGAGAGGGGCAAGUCCUCCGGACCUCACGACGUCCUCAUCAAACCCACCAAACGUCCAACUUCUUCUUCCUUCCUCGGCCCUGUUCUACAUGAAAUGUCACCUUUUUACAGACAUCCCUUUUAA